UGCCUUUCUCACCUACUGUGCCAGGGAUUCUGCCAUCAAAGCUCAGACUGCCCUGCACGAACAGAAGACCUUGCCCGGGAUGGCGCGGCCAAUCCAGGUGAAGCCUGCGGACAGCGAGAGCCGCGGAGGUAGGGACCGGAAGCUGUUUGUGGGGAUGCUGAACAAGCAGCAGUCAGAGGAGGAUGUGCUGCGGCUGUUCCAGCCCUUCGGGGUCAUCGACGAGUGCACCGUGCUCCGGGGUCCUGACGGCAGCAGCAAAGGUGACAGGACGGGGCGCCGCCGCUGGGAGGGGCGGGGCUUGAUCUGGGGGCAGAACAUGUGGCUCAUGCAACAGCAGACAACAGUUCUGUCCACCUCGGGCAGCUACCUGAGCCCUGGCAUGGCCUUCUCCCCCUGCCACAUCCAGCAGAUUGGUGCCGUCAGCCUUAAUGGGCUGCCUGCCACACCCAUCGCUCCUGCCUCUGGGCUGCACUCGCCCCCGCUGCUGGGCACUGCCACCGUGCCUGGCCUCGUGGCUCCCAUCACCAACGGCUUUGCAGGUGUUGUGCCCUUCCCUGGUGGACACCCCGCCCUGGAAACUGUAUAUGCCAACGGCCUUGUGCCCUACCCAGCCCAGAGCCCGACCGUGGCCGAGACACUCCAUCCUGCCUUCUCCGGAGUCCAGCAGUACACAGCCAUGUACCCCACCGCGGCCAUCACGCCCAUCGCUCACAGCGUCCCCCAGCCGCCGCCCCUUCUGCAGCAGCAGCAGCGAGAAGGUCCCGAAGGCUGUAACCUGUUUAUCUACCACCUCCCCCAGGAGUUUGGAGACACGGAGCUGACGCAGAUGUUCCUGCCCUUCGGCAAUAUCAUCUCCUCCAAGGUGUUUAUGGAUCGGGCUACCAACCAGAGCAAGUGUUUCGGCUUCGUGAGCUUUGACAACCCGGCCAGCGCCCAGACAGCCAUCCAGGCCAUGAAUGGCUUCCAGAUCGGCAUGAAAAGGCUCAAAGUACAGCUAAAGCGGCCCAAAGAUCCGGGACACCCCUACUGACCCUGCUCACAGCCACCCCGGGGCUGUGGGCUUGGCCCAGGUGAGGGGCCUUCCCAUCCCAGGAGGGUUUCCCGCUUCCAACCGAUCCAGGACUUUUUCGUAAAUUACAACCAAGUUUGGACACCAGCCCUCCCCUCCCCCUUCUGCCCCGGCUCCAACCCUCCAGCCAAAAUGUGAAACACCGCUGAGGGCCUCCUCGAGUGGGGAGGGGGUGUCAUGGUCUGUCCUGGGGCGGGAUGGGGCUCCUGAGUUAGGGGCUGAGGGGUUCAUGCGUCCCCCCCUUCAGGAGAUUUCUUUUCUACCCCCACAACUUGGUGGCAUCCCCAAACUAAAUCACAACUUUUCCUAUAUAUAUAUAUGCAUAUAUAUAUAGAGCUAUAUACACUAUAUAUAUUUUUUGAGUAUAGAUCAUGGGACCAAACUUUUCCGACUUCCUUCCAUCCAAGAGAGAGUGACCCUGGGCCGGUCACUUAGCAGAGACAUAGGAAGGACUGAGGCUGGCCAGGCCUGGGCAGUGCCAGCCCGGUGCCCCCCGCCUCCCAGCUGGUACAUCAGACCAGGAAUCUGCCAACACGAUAUACCUCCAGGACUUUGGGCCCCCACCACCGAUUCUCACGGGCCCUUGGGUGCAGCCAGCUUGAGUGUUCCUGGUCCUGCUGCAGCUUCCGGACCCCCCACCCCCAACCUGUCCCAGGGCCCUUCCUUCCUGGAUGUAGGCACAAAAGAGACCCUCUGGCUUCCCCCAGCCCUUCUCUGCUCCCCGCCACCCCCCAUAGCCUUACUCGUGUGACCAAUAGCCCUUAGCUUUCCGUCGGGGACAGGCAGGGUAGGGGGAGCCCCCCACCUCUUGCUGCCCCCUCCCAAGGGCAGGCAGCCAUGUCCCUGCCUUUGAAUCACCAGCCUCGAAUUUAAGGUCUUGUCACCAAGAUUGCCAAGUGUGUUGGACAAGCCCAACCCGGACUGCCCGAGCGCCCCUGUAUCAGAGACAGCAAACUUGGUAGCGACCUCCAUACCUCUGCAGAGAAUUUUCUUUUUUCUUUUUUUGGUCUUUCUGAGCAGGUACAAAGAAGAAAGAGAAGAGGGAAAAAAGGGGGGGUAAAAAAAUUAAAAAACAAUGGAUUUUUGUUUUGUAAUUUGGGGGGGUGGGGGGAGGACGGGUCUUGGUGGGUUCCCCAACCCGUGACAUCCACGUUGAAGCACAGAGUCGAGUUUGUUGGGACGUCCAGUCGGGCCUCUUGCCAGACGAGGCACCAGAUAAUUUAAUAAGCUCAAAAAAAAAUUUUUUUUAAGAGGAAAAAAAACACAAAACACACAGUGUUCCCUUUUGUUUCUACCAAAAUGUGUUGACUGACCUGGAAAAAAAAAAAAAAAAAAGAAAGAAAAAGAAAAAAAAAAAGAAAAGAAAAGAAAAAAAAUCUGGUCAACUUGUUUCGAUAUUCCAGAGUUUGAUAAUUGUUCCAAGACCCUCUAGAGCGUGCCUGUGUCCUGUGCGUCUAUGUGUGCGAGCGUGUGCCGAGAGUCCUCGCGGGGGUCCCCUCUGUGUCCCCGGCACCCGCCAUGCCCCCGCGGGGCUGCUUGGGAGUGCGUGCUGCUGUGCUGUGGUGCCGGUUCUGCUCCGUGUUUACUGGCUGUAAAUACCAUUUUUAUACGCCACCUUGAAGACCUGCGUGAUUUGUACGAUGUACUUUAUUUCUGCUACGAGUAAUUUCAUGAAGUUUCAACUUGCAAACUGACUUUUGGAGACAAACACACACACACACACACACACACACACUCACAAAGAAAGAAAAGAAAAGGACUUAGAGGGAACUUUGGGUGGACUUGGUUUGAACUUCGUUGUCAAAGAUUUCCCGUGGCUGGAGAGGUUUUUGUCACUGUCGCGUGUUUCAAAGCAGCAAGCGCCGUCUUAAUGUCCCAAACUCCUCUCUCUGGUCUGAAAAAACUAAAAAUUUAUUUAAUAAAAGUUUUACUUGCUAAA